UACUCCGUGUCUAUCUCUCUCUUUCACCCUCGCAGUUUAUUUUCCCCUGAAAUCGCAUCCAAGACCGUUCCUCGAUUUUUGUGCCUCUUUUCCCUUGCCCUUCUCCCUCCUCCGUCCUCUUCCUUCUCUCUCUCUCUCUCUCUCUCUCUCUCUCUCUAGUCUAGUUUCAGACUCACCCCUCUGUCUUUCUAAUUGCUAGCUGACAGAGACAGAGACAAGACAAGGACAUCUUGUUAGGUUUCACCUCUAUGAGAUUGAAAACCAGAGGACCCUGAAGCGAAACUCCUACGUAUCCCAGAAAUAGUACCCUCAACAGUGCACACAGCCAUGGUAGCUGGCAAGGUCAGGGUGGCCAUGGGCCUCCAGAAGUCGCCCUCCCACAUUUCUAAAUCCGACACUCCGCCGCCGCCGUCCGCCAAGCAGCAUACUCCGUCCUCCACCGCCGGCUCCGGUAAUAAAGGUUCUCACAAGUCUGCUUUCACUCGCUCUUUCGGCGCCUACUUCCCUCGCUCUUCGGCACAAGUCCAGCCCCGUCCGCCAGACGUGACGGAGCUCCUCCGUAUCGUGGAGGAGCUGCGCGAAAGGGAGUCUCGCUUGAAGACUGAACUUCUCGAGCACAAGCUCUUGAAGGAGUCCGUCGCGAUUUUGCCUGUUCUGGAGAGUGAGAUUAGUGCCAAGGAUACAGAGAUUGAGAGGAAAGCCAAGCGAGUGGAGGAAUUGGAGGCUGAGAAUUUGAAGCUGACAGAUGAGUUAGAGGAAUUGAAGCGUCGGGUUGAAGAAGAGAGAAGAGAAAGCGAGAUGAAGAUGAAAACGUUGGAGGCUAAGAUACAAGAGUUGAAAAAAGAGGUUUCCGAUCAUGCAGAAAAAAGAGAUGCAUUAGACGGUGAUGAUCUUUCUUCUUCUUCACAAAGGUUUCAAGGUCUUGUGGAGGGUUGUGUCAAGUCCAAUCUAAUCAAGAAUUUGAAAGGAGGAGCUAAGUGCGUGGAUACUUUGUCAAUCCAAGAUAGCAAUAUUCAUACUAACAAGCAGCAUGAAAGUAGUGCGAAUUUGAGGAGAGAGGUAGUAGAAAUAGAAAUGGAUAAACCCAGACAUUCCAGGAGCAACUCGGAGGAGCUAGCGGAGUCUGCCGAGUCAGCGAUAACCAAUGUCAGAUCCCGUGUGCCCAGAGUUCCAAAACCACCGCCAAGACCGUCGUCGUCGUCGCCUCCGUCGCCGCCAUCAUCGUCUGACUCAAGUUCUGAUGCUUCAGAUGGCAAUGGUGAAACAGAGCAAGUAGUUCCGAAGCCUCCUCCACCACCACCACCUCCGCGUGCGGCAGCAUCCAAGUCUGCUCCACCACCUCCUCCUCCUCCUCCGCGCACGGCUGCAUCCAAGGCGGUUCCACCGCCACCUCCGCCGCUGCCGAAGGGGAACAGGUCAGGACCGCCAAAGAUGAGGAGAGUGCCAGAGGUGGUGGAGUUUUACCACUCGUUAAUGCGGAGGGAUUCGCAUUCCCGGCGGGACUCAGGCUCCCCAGCGACCGAGGUUCCGACGACGGCAAAUGCCCGAGACAUGAUCGGUGAGAUCGAGAACCGUUCGGCUCACCUGCACGCUAUCAAAACAGACGUGGAAACACAAGGAGACUUCAUAAGGUUCUUGAUCAAGGAGGUGGAGGGUGCUGCUUUAACAAACAUUGAAGACGUGGUGUCAUUUGUUAAAUGGCUUGACGAAGAGCUGUCUUAUUUGGUGGACGAAAGAGCUGUGCUGAAACACUUCCAAUGGCCGGAGCAAAAGGCAGAUGCACUGCGAGAGGCAGCGUUCGGAUAUUGUGAUCUGAAGAAGUUAGAAUCCGAGGCUUCCUCAUUCCGCGACGAUCCUCGCCAACCAUGUGGUCCUGCUCUCAAGAAGAUCCAAUCUCUAUUUGAGAAGUUAGAGCAUGGGGUUUACAAUAUCUCAAGGAUGAGAGAGUCUGCAACGCAUAGAUAUAAGGUCUUUCAGAUACCUGUGGAUUGGAUGCUUGAUACGGGAUACGUUAGCCAGAUAAAGCUGGCAUCAGUAAAACUGGCGAUGAAGUACAUGAAGAGGGUAUCUGCGGGGCUAGAAUCAGGAGGUGGUGGUCCUGAAGAAGAGGAGCUGAUCGUGCAAGGAGUUAGGUUUGCAUUCCGUGUGCAUCAGUUUGCUGGGGGAUACGAUGUGGAGACGAUGAGAGCGUUUGAGGAAUUGAGGGAUAAGGCGAGGUGGUGCCAUGUACAGAGCCAGAGCCAGCAACAUAAAUUCUUGUGCAGGUCUGCUACUUGCUGAUCCACAUUUUCAGAUCCCAGUGCUGUUGCUUUCGGAGCAAACUCUGCUUCCUGGUCUUUUUGAUGUAGAUGGCACUUCGUAGGCACUAGCCAGAGCUAUUCCACCCCUGGUAUUCCAUAAAACGUACGGUGGUAUUCAUAAUAUUAAUUCGUCUAUUCGUUCA